AUGGCUCUCUGGUCCAAAACAAAGACGCAGUCCAAGGCCAGCUUCGACAAAGUCUACACCUGGGUUGACAAGCUCGGCGCACCCGUCAAUCGCCUGUCUAACAAGGUCGGCGCCGAGGCCUUUUGGCCUACGACGCUGGACAUCGAGUCUGACAAGGCUGCGAGAAUCCUCAAGAGCUUCUGCAAAGAUGGCUUCUACCAAGAAGAAGACCGCCCGACCGCGGACGCGCCAAAGGGGAAGCAAAGAGUGCUCAAAAAGAUACCCGCCAAGGUGAUUACAAAUGCAAAAGGUCUCUGUAUCUUCACCACUAUGAGAACCGGCCUGUAUGUGUCUGGCUCGAGUGGAGCUGGUAUUGUCGUCGCGCGCAACGAGGACGGCACCUGGUCGCCGCCCUCUGGCAUCAUGAUGCAUACCGUCGGCGUGGGGUUUCUUGUCGGCGUCGACAUCUACGACUGCGUCAUCGUCAUCAACUCGGACAAGGCGUUGCAAGCCUUCCAGUCCGUCCGAUGUACCCUAGGCGGCGAAAUGAGCGCCGUGGCCGGUCCAGCCGGGGUAGGCGGCAUACUCGACACGGAGAUCCACAAGCGCCAGGCACCGCUGUUCACCUACAUCAAGUCACGAGGCUUCUACGCUGGUCUCCAACUAGACGGCACCAUCGUCAUCGAGCGAACAGACGAGAACGAGCGUUUCUACGGAGAGCGCAUAGGCGUCAAAGACAUCCUGGCUGGGAAGGUGCGGCAUCCUCCCAACGAGCUCAGACGACUCAUGGAGACGCUCAAAUCGGCUCAAGGGGAUACCGACGUGGACGAGUCCCUGAUACCCGAUGAGGCACCGCCCGCUGAUUUCGAGAUUACCACACCCGAAGACAAGACUUUCGGCAUUCCCGAGGCCGAGGAUCCAGAUCCGUUUGGUGUUCUGGCGCUUCAGGAAGCUGGUUUGGAUAUUCGAGAAGCAGGCACGCGGAGCCGCCCGGGUAGCGACCAGUUCGAGUUCAAGCCCAGCCCGACAAGUCCCAUCUACACGACAUUCCGCAACUCUACGUACAGGAAGAGCACGGACAGAUCAAGCACAGCGGGCAGUCAGCGUUCGAGUUGGCGAAUAAGCACAAUCAGUAGCGUUCUUGGGCCCCGCACGUCAAGUCACUCAAUGGUGGACACGAGCACGCAAACCGUCGAUAUGGGCGUUCAAACGGAUGACCUACCACCGCCUCCCACACCUCCUCCCACCGUGAACAUCAUACCUCCCGCAUUGCCACCGAGGCACAGGCCAGUUAGCACGUCCACGCCUCCUCUGCUCGAAAUCCCCGAGACAAGGGUUCAGGAAGCCACUCCCCCCAAAGUGACCACCGAACGUAAGGUCGAAGCACUCACGCCUGAGACCGAGGAGGACGACGAGGAGGACAAGGGCAAUGAGGAGCCAAAACCAAUCAAUUCAGACUUCGACAAUGUGGACCUCGACAACGACGAGCAGGAUGGUGAGCAAGAUGAUGAGCAGGACGACGAGCAGGAUGAUGAGCAGGAUGACGAGCAGGAUGAUGAGCAGGACGAAGAGGCAGUCAUCCACGAGGUGCACCAAGCCGCAGCCCCACAGGUCAUCACCCGCGUACGCGUAGUACAAGUCGCAAAGUCUAUUCCCCCAAAGCUACCUACAAGGAAUCCCUUCCGCAAUCGUAAUUCGACAAACUCAGAUGCAUCGAUGGAGACAUCACGCGAUGCCUCUGCUGGUCCGUCACCUGCCGUUGAGAAGCACAGCCCCGAGUCGAUGCCGUCCCUCAUGCACGGUGACUCGGCAUCAUCUGUAUCGUCUGUCGAAGGUGACGGACUCGAUCACAUUGGCGACAAGCUCAAGCCGAAACCCGCGAGUAAGCCAGCACCAGAGCAGGAGAAGAAAGAGAAAAAGGAGGAUGCGUUCCAUUCGCUCCCGGAGUCGCCGGUAAAAACCGUGCCAGGCGGCUUUAUCUAG